AUGGCUCCGUCCAUCCACCUGGUCCUCCUCCUCUCAGUCUUGCUGAGCCUGGCGGAGACUCCGGCAUCGGCACCUGCCCACCGGGGCCGGGGAGGCUGGACGCUCAACAGUGCUGGCUACCUUCUGGGUCCUGUCCUCCACCUCCCCCAGGUGGCCGAUCAGGACAGGAAGAGGGAGAUGGCUCUCGAGAUCCUAGACCUGUGGAAAGCCAUUGAUGGACUUCCCUAUUCCCACCCUCGGCAGGCCUCCAAGAGGAGUCUGGUGGAGACAUUUGCCAAACCAGAGAUUGGAGAUCUAGGUGUGCUGGGCGAGAAAGUUCCCAAGGAGGAAGGUGUCCUGAAGUCAUAG